AUGUCCACUGCAGCUGAAACCUCUUUUGCCGAACUUAAGGCAAUCACUAGGCAGAUUGUUGACAUUGUCCAUGCGGCUCAGCUCCUCCCACCCAGCAACAGCCACUUGGCUCUGAAAGCACAAGUCACUGAACUGGUGGCUAAGGCCAUCCGGGACCAUGAGGAUUCACCUUGCAUUCCGGGCAUAGUUUUGUCCUGCUCCAAGGAGUUACUUCGUGUUCGGCAGGUGUCCCCCCAGGAUUCGCCCGACUGGCACAGCAUCGGCCAUAAUGAUUGUCACCUCCAGAGGCACAGCUGGCGCCACAAGGUCUCCACAUGGGAGGCUUUAGGUGACUGGACAUUCGAUCUUCUGGUCGAUGCCCCCAAAUCCCCUGACACUGUCACGGUCGAUCUUCCCUCCCCACCUGUCGUCACUGGCAGCAUUGCCGGCCCAUCAUCUGGCACUAUCAACGAGUCCCGGGAGAAGCGUAAGGAUAAGGGUAAGGCUAGGGUUGUGAAGUCAGCCGAGUUUGUGGAGUCCGAGGACGAACAUAUGGACAAGCUGGCUGCACAAGGAGGGCCGGUUGUCUUACUUCAUCGUCUCACCUCAGUCUCACCCCGAAUCCCCAAGAAGGCACCUUUCAGCCCUGCGAAGGUAAUUGCCAGAAGGCGUGCAGACAUCGCCGGGCAGACAGACUUGAUGUCCAACACCCCCGUGGUCACCCUGGUGGUGGCACCAAAUGUCAUCGAUGGCCCUGCUGGAAGCCCUCCGGAGGUCAUCGAGCACUCGGACUCGGUGUCCAAUACCCCCGCGGUCACCCCAGAUGUGGCGCCAACUGUCAUUGAUACAGAUGACAUUCUCAUUCCCGGACCGAACAACCCAUGCUGGGCUUGCAACAAUGCGGAGUUGCCCUGCACGACCCGGUUCGACAAGAGGACUGGGAAAGGCCUUCUCUCCUGUGUUUUCUGCAACACAAAGAAGGUAAAGUGUUUUUCCGUCACCCUCAGAAGUCCACCAAAACGGUCGCAGGCCGGAGCUACCGGCGCCGGUGCUGCCAGAACUGCCAGUGGGUCUGUUGCAACUGCGCCUAAGAUGUGUGGUCGCAGCAAGACAAUAACUGCUGUCAAGGCACCCGCCCCACCACCUACACCCUCACCUGCACCAGCUCCAAUUGUGUCUUCGAGUGCCCGCGUGCCUCAUGUGGCUCUCGAUGUCCCCAUGCCAGACCUCCAUUCCAUGGCAAUCAGUAUUCAUGAUAGUGCCGGACACAUCAAGGCUCUCAAGGAUCUUGUUGCCAAGCAGGGCAGACGUAUUGAUACCCUUAGCAGGCUCCAUGAGAGCCUUCAACGUGAAACCAUGGAACGCCAUCCCUCAUUUCCCCUUCCCACUACUCUGGCAAUUGCAACGUCUUUGUUGCUUGAUCAAUCUGUCACUGGAACGACAUCACCCUCCCAAUCUGCACUCCCUCCUCUCAUCGAUCUUUCGAUCGCAGUGAUGGAGCCCACACCCUCGAAAAUUGAGGAUCCCUCUGCCAUCGAGGGUCCUUCAUUUGAGCCGAGCCAAGUUCAACCAGCCCCGGACCCAUCACCUACUCCCCCAACUGCCGGAGCAAUUUUGGUGCCGGAUGAUCCACGCAACCUUGUCCCAGAAUACGAUUCUGGUGAUGAGAUGGAUGUUGAGGUGAAGGUUGAAGUUGAAGGUGGUGAUGAGGGUCAUCUGGUCAAGGUUGAAGUUGAAGGUGGUGAUGAGGGUCAUCUGGGCGAGAAUGAAAUCAUUGAGUUCUGGGUAACUAAUACUGAUGUCCGGGUAACUAAUCCCGACGUCUGGAUAACAUCCAUCGACGUCCGGGUAACUGAUAUCGAGUUCUGGGCAUCGAGCACCAAGUUCCAGAUAACUGAUAUCGACAUCCGGGUAACUGAUAUUGAGUUCCGGGUAUUUCGUAAAUUAGACAAAUCACCAAGUACCGAGUUCCGAGUUCUGGGCAUCAAGUGCAAAGGACCGAGUUCCGAGGUCCGGGCAUCGAGUACUGAGUUCCAGGCAUCGAGUACUGAGUUCCAGGCAUUGAGUGCCAAGUACUGA